AUGGAAUUGGCUGGUACCUUGUCACCAAGAAUUGGAAAUCUCUCUUUUCUUGAAACACUUCACGUAUCAGACAAUUCAUUCAAUUCUAAAAUACCCUCAGAAUUUGGUUACUUGACAAAUCUCAAGAACUUGAACUUGAGCUUCAACUUCAUACAAGGGAAUAUACCAUCCAAUCUUUCUAGCUGCACAAGUCUCAUUAAUCUUGAUCUGAACCACAAUUAUCUUAUUGAACAAAUUCCUCCAGGACUAGGGUCAUUAUCAAAGCUUCAGAAACUAUAUCUCAAUAACAACAACCUCAGUGGGAACUUUCCAUCUUCUUUUGGAAAUCUUUCAUCUCUCCAAGAACUUAGUGUGAAUUAUAACAAUCUUGAAGGAGAAAUCCCAUCUACAGUUGCCCUUUUGCAAAACUUGACAGUAUUUAGAGUGGCGUUAAACCAUUUCUCCGGUGUGUUCCCAUCUUCGCUUUACAAUAUUUCAUCGCUUCAACUUGUCUCAAUCACUCAAAACAAUUUUCAUGGUGACCUGAGGCAGGACUUGGUGCUUGUUUUUCCAAAUAUUCAAAGACUCUAUUUAGCUGGUAACGGUUUCACGGGACGUAUACCUGUUUCAUUGUCCAAUGCUUCAAAUCUACUCCAGCUAGAUUUAGCAAUUAACAAACUCAUUGGAUCCAUACCUCCGAGUUUUGGAAACUUAAGGGCUCUCCUUUUCCUUAAUAUCCAUUCAAAUCAACUUAGAAGUGAUGAUUUGAAUUUUCGUACUCCUUUAACGAAUUGUAGCAGGCUAAAACAUCUUAACAACAAGUUUACUGGCGAGUUUCCAAGCUCUAUUGGCAACUUAUCAUCCAAGUUGAGUUGGCUAAACGUUUACAACAACUCUAUACAGGGAAGCAUUCCUGCAGAGUUAGCAAAACUUGUCGGUUUAAACGCGUUAGGGAUGGGACUAAACUUCUUGACAGGUAAUAUUCCAGCUUCACUUGGAAAACUUCAAACUUUGAAAGAGCUUUACUUGGGAUCAAAUCAAUUGACUGGAGAGGUCCCUUCUACAUUAGGAAACCUUACACAAAUAUUGUACUUAUACCUGCAUAAUAACAGUCUUGAAGGAACCAUACCUUUUGGUUUUGGUAAUUUCAAGUUUCUCCAACAAGUUGACCUUUCUCACAAUAGCUUAAACGGGACGAUUCCUAAACAAUUUAUCGGGCUUGCUACCCUUUCGCGAACACUAAACUUGUCGCACAAUUCCUUGAGCGGUGCAUUGCCUAGUGAUGUUGGUAACUUGCAACUUCUUACUGCACUUGAUGUCUCAUACAACAGAUUGGCUGGUGAGAUACAGAUAGGCCAAUGUUUUUCUUUAAAUAAGCUUUAUCUUCAGUCCAACAUCUUCCAAGGAACCAUUCCUAAUAUGAGUCAGUUGACAGGUAUUCAGUAG